AGUCUCCAUGCCUAGAUAGAUAACGGAAUAAUUUGAGGUUAAGUUCAAAAUUUACGUUCUGGAAUUAUAAAGUUUACGACAAACAAAAUCUAAAAAUAGGAUCUAAAGUAAAGCUACCGAAUAAUUUUUCAAAAAUGAAUGGGGUAAUAUUGGCCGGGUUAGGCGUAGCUGCCGUAGCCUUUACUGGUAAAUACCUUCUGCGACAGAUGCCAAAUGCUGCCAAAACGUUUAACGAAGCUAUGAAAAAUUUACCAAACUUUGAAGCGAGUUCAAAAUAUUACAAAGGAGGUUUCGAUCAGAAAAUGAACAGGAGGGAAGCCGCUUUAAUCCUAGGGAUAAGCCCAUCAGCUAACAAACAAAAAGUAAAAGACGCGUUUAAGAAGGUGAUGGCUGUGAAUCAUCCCGAUCGAGGAGGCUCUCCUUAUUUAGCAUCUAAAAUUAAUGAGGCUAAGGAUUAUUUAGAAAAACAUUCUAGAUAACUAAUUGAUAUAUUUAGGUAUUUAUUUGAAAAUGUACAUAAAAGUAUAUAAUAUAAAAAUGUAAUUUUUAGACUAGAAAUAUAAUAA